UAGGGCUUGAAAGUCCUACGUCACGGGAUCACGUGCAACAUGAACUGGAUCCACUACCCACUCGAGCUCUUGUGACCAGCUUUGAAAAUAGUGGAGGAGACAUAUAUUUCUUUCGAUUUCGACCAGAAGCCUAGGCUGCUGUCUUCCCCCUGGCCCCCAGUUCUGCGUUUUGUUUGUUUUAGAAUGUCUUUAGUACCGUUAUCUAGCAUCGCCACUUUUUUCAGUGGAGAACCAAGGCUGAUCCAGCGUGGAGAAAAUGCACACUCUUCGAACCGCGUGGAAUCAUUUCUGUUUCACCAUGAGCUUGGGCACAUUACUGCCAAGAUCCACGCAAGCAUGAAGGACAAGAGAUAUGAUGUGGAGAUCGAACUUGGUUCUGAAGGUGGCGUUGUACGCGCUUCGUGCACUUGUCCCAAAGGCCAAGGACGGUGCCACCACAUGGCUGCAGCCCUUGUCUACGCGAACAAGAAUGUGAGCAGCACGGACAGGGAAUGUUCUUGGACUGUACGGAAGGGAACUAGUGAAACAAAGACUGUGGAUGACAUUUUCCCGAAGUCGAAGCCGUUUUGUGCCAUUUCACGCCCUGUGGAUAAUGAGGACAGGGCAUGGUUUCACCAUCAGCUUGGGACACUUGACAGGUGGAAGGGUUUUCGUUGGCUGCUAGAUCCCGAGGUGAAAGAAGCGGACAAUUUGCCGACGGAGACGGUUGAAGGUAUUACCCUGAGUCAAGGAUUCCUGGAAGCAGAACACAAAGUCACCUAUGUGUGUACCAGGCUAUCCGUAUCUGCUGCCCAAAUUGUAGCUGUGGAAAAAGCAACACGUGGCCAAAACUCGAAUGCUACUUGGUCGCUUCUACGCAAGGGCAGAAUAACGGCAUCCAACUUCGGUCCUGUGCUGAAGACUAUCUCAUCUGGCCGCCAGCCAUCUAAAUCUUUAUUUACUCGCCUUCUUGGUCAGUAUGAUUUGUCUGGGCAAAAGGCCAUCCAGUGGGGUCUCAUGCACGAAAGUACGGCUGUUGCAUGCUAUGAGGAGUGUGAAUAUGUGUCUGUGAGAUCCAGCGGCUUAUGGCUUGCACCAUGUGGCCUCAUUGGUGGUUCCCCAGAUGGCGUAGUUAGCGAAACAAAGCUCAUCGAGGUCAAGUGUCCGUACUCGGCAAGAUCGACAUCUCUUGCAGCUAUGGCGAAGGAAAAGACCUUCUUCUUGUCAGUGUCUUCUUCCUCUCCUGCUAACUUUUCCCUUGAUUUGUCAACUGAAUCUGGAUGGAAUUAUUUCCAUCAAAUCCAAGGUAACUUAUGUCUGACAGGUCAUGAAGUAUGCGACCUUGUCGUGUGGACUCCGUUGGAGACGGUGAUCAUCCCAAUUCGGGCUGACCCGACCUGGUCAGGAAAUUUGGCUCGGAUCGAGGAAUUCUACAAAACCUUUUUCUUGCCUGUCUUUCUGGAUGGUGGUGUGUAGUCAAUCCUAGGAUUGCAAUGGCCUGUGUAACUCUUCCCUUCUAUAUCCAGCCAUGUCUUUCUUUCCACCAAAACAGCGUACAGUAGAGUACAGUGAGAACAUCUGUAUGUUUGUUCUAAAUUGAAGUUCUGCCACUGUGUGUGUAGGUGUGGCUGGGUGCAUGUGUGUGUGUGUGUUUGUGUGUGAUGCGUUGUGUAUGGGUGUAUAAUUCUGUAUGUGUGGGUGCAUGUGCGUGUUCGUUUAUGCAUGAAUAUUGUAGGUGCAUGAUAAACAGCACCCCUCUUGCUUUAGUCACCUGUGCCAUGGCUGCAAUCAUAACUCUACACCUUCCUCUUCCUUCAACACCACCUGAACAUUCCACACAAUUGCACCUACGAGCUGACAAUUAUAUUAUUACCGUAGCUAUGCAAAAGACGUUACUUCAGUAACGUCUGACGCUAGCCAAGGUCAUCACAGCUUUAACUUUGUGUUUGUUUGUUUGUGCCAUCGGCAUGCCUUGCGCUAUCCCGUACCUGUGCCGUACCGUACCAUCAAAGACAGCUCGUACCUGUGCCGUACCGUACCAUCAAAGACAGCUGGCCACAAUAUUCAAAUAGGGCUUUCAAAUGCAAGAUCAUAACGUGAA